AAUAUUUUGUAUAAACAAAAACACAGCAUUCAAUCAGCCAUGUUUUCACCUUUGACUGUUUGGUUAAGAUCAUUAGAUAGACGUUAGAGUUUACCUUUUAGCCACAUGAUGUACCAUCACAUUUUAUAUAAAAGAAGUAAUUUUGUUUAGUGAAUUUGCUUAGUGAAUUCAUCUUUAAUACAGUAUAUACCAUUUUACAAUUGUGCUUAAACGAAUCUUUUGAAAUUCAAUUUAAAUAAGUGCCAACGCCAUUGAAUCAGCAACAUGGACUCAAUCGUUGAGAGAGUAAGAAAUAUCGUCAUUCACGAGUUGGAUGUGAAGCAAAUGCGCCUUGAUAAUGUUGUACUGGAUGGACCAAAGAGACUUGGAAGUUUUUCAUGCUAUGAUAAUAAUAAUGGUAGUGUUUACUGUCCAGACGAAUCAUCUAUACGGUACCUGGACUUACCCAAUCCAGUCAAUAUCAACUGUCUACAAGGAUACGACCCUAAUGUAAAGUAUGGCCAUAUUAUUUCUAGAGAUAUGCUUGUGUUGCGAUGGGUCUUGAACCAUGAAGAAAAAAUGAAAAAGUUUCCUUCUGAUUUCAUCGUUAACAAUGGUUUAAUGAAAGACAUGAUGCUUGUUAGGUAUUGUGAUUUAGACUGGAACAUUUCCGCGACCAAAAUCAGAGGGAAAAUUGUAUUAAAUAAGAUCGAAUCGAUUGAACUGAAAGAUCGGAUUGCCAAUCAAUCUGAUAUCAACAAUAAAUCGACUUAUACAGCUUUUAAUUUACAAAGGCUGAUUACUAAAAACAAUUAUGAGGAUGAAUGUUCUUCUGGGAAAGAAAUGAGUUCAUUUUAUGGUGUUUUUCACACCAAGAUUGGCUCUCAUCAGAUACUUCAUGCUGGAUGGUUACACGGUGUCGAAAGUAAACAGGAACUGGAUAAACCAUUUGAGGAAAUGAAGUUCAUUCUGAUUAAAAAGUUCAAUGCUCCAAGAGAGUCGCAUUCGUUUUGGCAAAGUAGCACAUGGUGGUCAUUGGCUAAACUUGCUGGACUCGAUACGAUAGUCCGUGCUAAAUUUGAUAAAGAUUUCAUAGUUAAAAGUAUCGAUAAGUUGGAAGUUGAUACUUUAACCAACAAAAGAUUUAAAAUGACGUUCGUUGCUUCAUUGGACAAGGUUUUGGAUUUCAUCAAAACAAUUGUUACUGAAGAAAAUAAAUGUUAUAACUUUAGUUUCAAUGGUAAGGAUAAAAAGCUUAUUGGAUACAUGAAGAUAGGACCAGAUGAAAACCUGAUUCCUUCAUGGUUUACAGAUGUAAAACUUGUUAGCAAAUCUUAAUCCAUUGCAUAAUAGUUCAUUGUACCGCAAGUAUUUUUUGAAUAAAUUAUUUUUUGUUAUCAAA